AGGCACCGGUUAUCGACAUUAGCCUCACAGCUCAGAUUAACCAGCUAGCCACCGGUUAUCGACAUCACCAGUAGCUUCGACUGGACCAGCAAUGGCGAUGGGUGGCAACAACAACGAGGGCCGUGUCGGCGACGACGACAACGUCAUCCUGAACCCGGAGUUCGACAGCGGGCUGGACGGCUGGUCCGGCAGCGGGUGCAAGAUCGAGCUGCACGACUCGCUCGACGACGGCAAGGUGCUCCCGGCGACCGGCAAGUACUUCGUGGCGGCCACGGGGAGGACCGACACGUGGAACGGCGUCAUGCAGGACGUGACGGCGCGGCUGCAGCGCAAGACGGCCUACGAGGUCGCCGCCACCGUGCGCCUCUCCGGGGCCAGCAGCGUCUCGCCGUGCGAGGUCCGCGCCACGCUCGCCGUGCAGACCGCCGACGGCAGGCAGCAGUACAUCUCCGUCGGCAAGUUGCAGGCGUCGGACAAGGACUGGGCGCAGCUGCAGGGGAAGUUUUUGCUCAACAGCACCGUGGCCAAGGCCACCAUCUACAUCGAAGGGCCCAAGGCCGGCGUCGACCUGCUCCUCGACUGCCUGCUGGUCAAGCACGCCCAGAAGGCACCGCCGUGCUCGCCGCCGGACUUCCAGAAUCUUGAGUAUGGUGCCAACAUCAUCGAGAACAGCAACCUCGACGACGGCCUCAACUGCUGGUUCCCACUCGGGCCGUGCGCGCUCGCCGUCCGUGACGGCUCGCCGCGCGUGCUCCCUCCCAUGGCGCAGGAGUCUCUGGCACUGGACGAUGAACCGCUCAACGGCAAGCACAUCCAUGUCACCAACCGCACGCAGACGUGGAUGGGCCCCGCACAGAUCAUCACCGACAAGCUCACGCUCCACGCCACGUACCAGGUCUCGGCCUGGGUCCGUGUCGCCGGCCAGAUGAGCGGCGCGCAGAACAUCAACAUCGCCGUCGCAGUCGACAGCCAGUGGGUCAACGGCGGGCAGGUCCUGGCGCGCGACGAGCGGUGGUACGAGAUCGGUGGCUCGUUCCGCGUGGAGGCCAAGCCGGCGUCGCGCGUCAUGGUGUACGUCCAGGGCCCCGACGCAGGCCUGGACCUCAUGGUCGCCGGCUUCCAGAUUUUCCCCGUGGACCGGAAGGCCCGGGUCAAGCACCUCAGGAAGCUCACCGACAAGGUGCGCAAGCGUGACGUGGUGGUGAAGCUGACGGCGGCAGACGGAGCCGUGCUCCAGGCGGCGGAGUGCGUGGAGGUGCGCGUGCGCCAGGUGUCCAACAGCUUCCCGCUGGGCGCGUGCAUCAUGCGCACCAACAUGGACAACGAGGACUUCGUGGAUUUCUUCACCAAGCACUUCAACUGGGCCGUGUUCGGGAACGAGCUCAAGUGGUACUGGACGGAGCCGCAGAGGGGGCAGGUCAGCUACGCCGACGCCGAUGACCUCCUCAAGCUCUGCUCUGAUAAUGGCAUGUGCGUGCGUGGCCACUGUAUCUUCUGGGAGGUGGACAACAUGGUGCAACAGUGGGUCAAGACGCUCUCCACCGAUGACCUGUCCGCCGCCGUCAAGAGCAGGAUCGACGGGCUGCUCACCCGGUACAAGGGCAAGUUCCGGCACUACGACGUCAACAACGAGAUGCUGCACGGCUCCUUCUACCAGGACAAGCUCGGCAAGGACAUCCGCGCCACCAUGUUCAAGACGGCGAGCGAGCUCGACCCCGACGCGCUGCUCUUCGUCAACGACUACAAUGUGGAGGGCAUGUGCGACAUCCGUGCCACGCCCGAGGCGUACAUCGAGCAGAUCAUCGGGCUGCAGGAGCAGGGCGCGCCGGUGAGCGGCGUUGGGCUGCAGGGCCACGUGAGCAACCCUGUGGGUCCAGUGAUCCGCAAUGUGCUGGACAGGCUCGCCGUGUUAGGCCUGCCGCUCUGGUUCACGGAGCUAGACGUAUCGGCGGAGAACGAGUACGUGCGCGCCGACGACCUGGAGGUGAUGCUGCGGGAGGCGUACGCGCACCCGGCGGUGGAGGGCGUCAUGCUCUGGGGGUUCUGGGAGCUCUUCAUGAGCCGAGACUCGGCGCACCUUGUCAACGCCGAGGGGGACAUCAACGAGGCCGGACGCCGGCUGCUGCAGCUGAAGAAGGAGUGGCUCACGCACGCGCACGGCCAGGCCGACGAGAACGGAGAGUUCAAGUUCCGCGGGCAUCAUGGAGCGUACCACGUCGAUGUGGUCAUGCCCACCGGCUGCAAGAUCACGCAGGAGUUCACCGUCGAUAAGGACGACUCACCCAUGGUGCUCAACAUCAAUGUGUGAGCAAUGCACACGCAUGUUCCAUCGAUAACUCGAUAUAUAUGGCGGGGAAGAAGCCCUAGAUACUCUACGAAGCAAUGGUUAUAGCAUAUAUGGUAAUCUAUGCCCGGAUCGAUGUCCAAGAAAUAAGGGUGUUUGUGGGAAUUAUCAUGUUCAUCAACUUGACCAUGCUAUAUACAUGCAAAUAUACAAUUGGUAUGGCA